CGCGAUUGUAGCGUUCCUUUGCAAUAUAUUUUCCUCCCCCGACGGCAAAUCCCAGCCGCCUUUCUCCACGGUGCGAGCGAACAUGUCGGCCUUGGUCACGGCUGGGCCAUUGGCCCGUGCCGACAAAGCUCCCGCGCUGACGACCACCUUCACGCCGUCGUCCUCCUGCACCGUCGACAUCUACCAGCUCCCAUUCGAGGGGCUACUGUGCGCCGUGGGCACCACCUCCCAGGAGGCCUGCGUCUACUACCAGCUCGGCCCCUCGACCAGCAGCGCGGCAUGCUUCCCAACGGGCUGGGCACCCUCGAACCAGAGCUACUUCUCCCCCGGCGUCUGCCCCGCUGGCUACUCGACCGCCUGCUCCAACAUCGUCUCCGUCGGCGACUUGACCGAGACAAGAGCGACGUGCUGCCCUACCGGCUACGCAUGCCAGAAAGGGUCCCAGUGGCCAUGGUACUAUACGGACCCCUGCACCCGCGAUUACCCCGGCACCGUCGAAGUGAUAUACACCAGCAGCGCGCCCGGCCACUACGUCACGGCGACGAAAUCAGGCGCGGGCGUGAACGCCUACGGGCUCGAGAUCCGAUGGCAGUCGACCGAUUUCGCAUCGUCGUCGCCGUCAUCGUCGCCGUCGUCAAAGUCGUCACCCACAGAAUCGACGACGGGGCCCUCCUCGACGGGGGGCCCCACGGCGCCGGCCCAGGAAUCAAACGGCAGCGGUGGCGGGGGCGGAGGAGGAGGCCUGUCGGCGGGCGCCAAGGCGGGGAUCGGCAUCGGCGCGGCCAUCGGCGCCAUCCUCGUCCUCGUCGGCGUGGCGUUCUUCGUGCGUCGGGCGAGGACGCGGCGCGGGCCCGUUGGUGCGGCGGUGCCGGAUGACGGGAAGGGAUAUUAUGCCGGUCACCUGCCGCCGGGCCCGGCUGCUCCUACGGAGCUGUGGACGAAGCAGUCGCAUGCGGAGUUGCCGGGGCCCCAGCAGUAUGUUUCGGAGCUGCCGACUGAGAGGGGCUGAUGGGGGGCGGGGGGGAUGAGCGGGGUCUCGUGGGUGCGUGUUUGAGCAGUAAUGGUUGGGUUAUGAGCAGCACUGG